AUGGGCCUCUUCGAUCGUAAAUCAGACAAAAAGGCCGACUCGGAAAACGAAUCAGUCUACUCAGUCGAUUCCAAAUUCACCGACCUUCCUUCCCCUAAAAACUUCCACGUCUACUAUGACAACGGCUGGAAGUCUAUCUCGAAGAUUGUUAGAUAUGACGACAAAACUCCUGCAUACUUUGCCGAGUUCCACUACUCCCGCCCCAGCAGCAUCAGACAACGCUAUGUCUCUCUCUAUGCUGGAGACAGCAAGAACGCCCCGUUGGUCGCACAGAUGGGCAGCAACAUGAUGAUGACUAAAUUCCACUUCCGAGCUGAUGGCCAAGAACUCGAGAAGGAGCGCACUCCACAGGACCAACUCAUCGAACAAUUUCACGAAUCAAAGUUGACUUGGUGGUAUAAUUGGACCGAUCCGAUCUCCGGCAAGAAGUUUAUCUGGAAGAACACCACGAGAGUGGAUAUCGAAGAUAGCAGCAAAAAGAGUAAAUGGCAGCAAGGGUGGAAGUUGGUGGACGAGAACGACCAGGUUGUCGGGAUGUUCGUUUGGUGUAAACACUCCCUGAAAAAGCUCGGGAAGUUCAUUAUGAGUGGCGAAUAUAUCGACGCUUCCACGGAGUUUGAGCGCAGCGUUAUGAUUUCCUGUCUUGGACUGUUGCAACUGCAGCUGAUUGCGAUGCAGGCUGCAUGA